AUUCAUUCUAUAUAAUAACGAAUGGCAAAAAAAAUUUAAAUUUAAUUUAUUUCUUAUUAUUCAACUUAUUCCCAAAUUGCAGAACCCACUAAAUUUGUUAUUGGACAACGAUCCAUCAGCUACCAAUUUCUUCACCUUGCCAAGUGCUGACUCUUUUUUGUUUGUUUUCUUUUUAGUCCCUUUCCCAUGGACUCUUCUCUCAAACUUGGAUUCCAUUCCUCGAGUUUUUCUCUAACUAGUCGGAAAUUGCAUUCUCCGAUCAACCAUCCACUAAAACAGCAACUACCCAUUAUUGAUUCAUCUAAUAUAAACCUAAAGUCCAAAACUAUUUUAGCAGUAUCCAGUAAUCGCCACCUAACUGCUAUGGCUAAGUUAAAGAAGAAGCCCAUUGAUGGUGUCAGUGAAGAACUGAAUUUGAUUGCUUCCCAGGAUUUGGACCACGCGCCUGCUCGCCGUGGGGUUCGAGCGGCUUUUGCUGAAGUGCAACAGCAGCUUGAUCAUCCCCUUUUUAAGUUGGCUCCUGCUGGGAUUAGUACGCAGGAGUGGUAUGGAAGGAAUUCCAAAGGACUAGAAAUAUUUUUCAAAAAAUGGAUGCCACCGCCAGAUGUUCAAAUUAAAGGUGCUGUGUUCUUCUGCCAUGGAUAUGGAGAUACUUGCACCUUCUUUUUUGAAGGUAUAGCAAAGCGACUUGCUGUAUGUGGAUAUAUUAUUUAUGCUUUGGACCAUCCUGGUUUUGGUCUGUCUGAAGGUUUGCAUGGUUACAUCCCAAGCUUUGAUGACUUAGUUGACAAUGUUAUUGAACAAUAUACAAAAAUUAAAGGUAGUCCUGAAUUGAGAGGAUUGCCUUGCUUCUUGUUUGGGCAGUCUAUGGGUGGAGCUGUUGCUCUCAAAGUUCAUCUAAAGGAACCCAAUGCAUGGGAUGGCAUAAUCCUUGUAGCUCCUAUGUGUAGAAUUGCAGACGAUGUGAAGCCACCACUACUAGUUUUGAACGCGUUAACCCUUUUGGCCCGAGUCUUGCCAAAAGCAAAACUUGUUCCGCAGAAAGAUCUAUCAGAGGUGUUCAUCAGAGACCUGAAGACAAGAAAAAUGGCCGACUACAAUGUAAUUUCUUACAAUGAUAAAACGAGACUGAGAACUGCUGUGGAACUCUUGAAGGCUACAGAGGAUAUUGAGGCACAACUUGAAAAGGUUUCGUCUCCAUUAUUGGUUCUUCAUGGUGCUGCUGAUAAGGUGACUGAUCCUUUGGUGAGCCAAUUUCUCUACGAAAGGGCCUCUAGUAAAGAUAAAACCUUGAAGCUUUAUGAAGAAGGUUAUCACUGCAUUCUUGAAGGGGAACCUGGUGACAGAAUUUAUGCUAUCUUUGAUGAUAUUACUUCAUGGCUUGAUUUACGGAGCUCGAAUAAGUAACAGUUGUAAUCAGGAUCAGCCUUUUCACCUGUCGUCAUUUCUAUCUUCUACUUCCACCCUUCUGAGCUAGUUGCCAUUCGCUCGAAUAAGUAACGGUUGUAAUCAGGAUCAGCCUUUUCACCUGUUGUGAUUUCUAUCUUCUACACCCACCCUUUUGAGCUAGUUGCCAUUCUAUUUAGUUGAUGAUGCAAUUUUUUCAUCACCUUCAAAUCAUGACUGAAAUUCAAUAAAUAGAUUCCAAUUAAACGUCUCUAUUGUAUGAUAUUGGACUAUGUAGAUGAUAAAUUCGUUUUGCUAUUUUAGUACUUCUUAUGAACAACAAAGAGUUUUAGUUCAAUCCUAUCGGAGUGUAUUUAGAGUAAGUAUUAAGUUGGCAAUUGAAGGAUUUAGGCUC